AUGGGAAACAAGUGUUGCUGUGCGAGUGAUGCCCUGGUCGGCAUGGAGCCCGUCCACGACAUGCUCUUUCCGAUGUGCGUAGUUAAGGUCUCCGAUUUCUUGCGGAUGAGUGGCCCUCCUGAGGCACAUGGUCACAUGAAGGAGAAGGGCUGGCUUCGUGCUUGGCAUCCGGGAAUGUUCGUGAUUUUCAUUUCACAUCAAUGGCUUGGGAGUGCUCAUCCAGAUCCACAGGGGCAGCAGUGCGCAGUUCUUCGCAAAGCCCUGCUUGGUGUCAUCAGUGGGAGUCUCCAGGUGCAGACAGACCCCGUGACUUUAAUCAAUCGUGCGUCGCCUGUCAUCUCAGCAGGUCUUCGCCAACAGAUUGCCGAUGGCUUCCUGUUUUUCGACUGGUUUGCGAUACCGCAGAUCACCGCGCGCCUGGAGGGCGUGAACGAAGACGAGACCCGGUCAGAUGCUGCCUUGGCCGUCCAGAGCAUCCCAGCAUACGUCGAAGUGUCGAACCUGUUCAUCGCUUUGGUACCAGAGCUAACGCACACUGUGACGGGAGCUCGCUGCAGUUACAUUUCUUGGCUGAGCAGAGGAUGGUGCAGGGCUGAGCUAUGGUGUCACGUCCUGUCCAACAAGCUCAGCUCUAGCCUUAUCGUGGUGCAUUCAGCGAAGGAAGCCGAGUUCAUGUCUCCCCUGGACUGGCAGCGCCAUUCGAUUGCAGAUGGUGAGUUUACCGUUGAAUCUGACCGCUCGAAGGUAGUUCAAUUGGGUGAAGUCGCGGUGCGGGCCAAGAUCGAAUAUUUGUCAUCAGCAGGUCCAUUGAGUUCAUACAGAUUUUAUUUGGCAGGUCGUGUACAACUUCUUCGGCAGAAAUCCCACGAGUAUUGGGAACGGGAUGCUUUUCUGCAGCAGUUCCGGUUUCCUAGCUUGCAGGCAGCAGCAAAGGAUACGAGCAGCAUGAACGGCUUGCUUUGUGCGACCUUCGCUGGAGAUGUGAAUCUCAUUCACAAUCUAGUCUACAUGGAGGCAGAUGUAAACUUGAGGCUGCAUGGCCUGGACAACUUUGGGUAUUUUGAUGGCCAGACGCUCUUGAUGGCAGCGGCCAAGUCGCACCAGCCAGCCCGAGUGCUGGCAGCGCUGAUCGAGCUCGCUGCCGAUGUGAACACCGCAGCCCCGAAUGGCACGAACCCUGCCUACAUGAUGCGGUCGCCAGAACAAUUGCAUGUCCUUCUAAACGCCAAAGCAGACUUGCACAGCCCAUGCCUUCCUUUGGGCCUGACACCCUUGGCUGGGGUCGCGUCCUUCUCAUCUACAGAAACAGUUGCCGCCAUGCUCCGCGCGCGCUGCGACCCAAAUCCAGGCUUGCAGGGCAUCGGCUACGGCCCCUUGCAUGGGGCAACCUUCUUUUCCCGAAGCAACAAACACUCGGAGGGGACCGUUAAAUUGCUGCUAGCACAUGCGGCAGAUGCGAACGCCCGGGCAAGGCCACAAGGCAACUACUCCUGGAUCUGUGCCCUGGCACGCUCACAGUGUGCUGUCACCGGCUUUGAGACCAGUCCCGUAAUGUCUCGGGCAUUUGCCAGCCUUCCGGGGCUCACUCCGCUCGCUGCGGCAGCCUUUAUUGGUUGUCAACCUGUGAUGGAAAUCCUACUAAGACAUGAUGCUGUCGCUACGCCGAACGAUCGAGGAGACUGGCCUGAUACCCUCGCCACCUCCAACCAGCACUCGCAUUUGCUGCCCGAUCUGUCUACGUUUAGCGUUUGA